CUUUGCCGGCCGCGCUGGCUGCCAUGGGCUCGGAGAUGGAGCCACUGUUCCUGGCCUGGAGCUAUUUCAGGCGUAGGAAGUUCCAGCUCUGCGCCGAUCUGUGCACGCAGAUGCUGGAGAAGUCCCCUUAUGAUCAGGGACCAGAUCCUGAAUUGCCAGUGUCUCAGGCAGUUUGGAUUUUAAAAGCACGAGCACUGACUGAAAUGGUGUAUGUGGAUGAGAUCGAUGUGGAUCUGGAGGGAAUUGCAGAGAUGAUUCUGGAUGAGAAUGCCAUUGCUCAAGUUCCACGCCCUGGAACAUCCUUGAAACUCCCUGGAUCUAACCAGACUGGAGGGCCUAGUCAAGCUGUGAGGCCAGUCACUCAAGCUGGAAGACCCAUCACAGGGUUCCUGAGGCCCAGCACACAGAGUGGGAGGCCGGGCACCAUGGAACAGGCCAUCAGGACACCUAGGACUGCCUAUACAGCUCGCCCCAUCACCAGCUCCUCUGGGAGAUUUGUCAGGCUUGGCACGGCUUCCAUGCUUACAAGUCCUGAUGGACCAUUUAUAAAUUUAUCUAGACUGAAUUUAACAAAAUAUUCCCAGAAACCUAAAUUGGCAAAGGCAUUGUUUGAGUAUAUCUUUCACCAUGAAAAUGAUGUUAAGACUGCUUUGGACCUGGCUGCGCUGUCCACGGAGCACUCUCAGUACAAGGACUGGUGGUGGAAGGUGCAGAUUGGGAAAUGCUAUCACAGGUUAGGAAUGUAUCGUGAAGCAGAAAAACAGUUUAAAUCAGCCUUGAAGCAGCAGGAAAUGGUAGAUACUUUUCUCUACUUGGCAAAAGUUUACAUCUCAUUGGAUCAGCCUGUGAGUGCUUUGAAUCUUUUCAAACAAGGCUUAGAUAAGUUUCCAGGAGAAGUGACCCUGCUCUGUGGAAUUGCCAGAAUUCAUGAGGAAAUGAACAAUAGUUCGUCAGCAGCCGAAUACUACAAAGAAGUUUUGAAGCAGGACAGCACGCACGUGGAGGCCAUUGCAUGCAUCGGAAGCAACCACUUUUAUUCCGACCAGCCAGAAAUCGCGCUCCGCUUUUACAGGCGACUCCUGCAGAUGGGUGUCUAUAACUGUCAGCUUUUUAACAACCUGGGGCUGUGCUGCUUCUAUGCCCAGCAGUAUGAUAUGACUCUGACCUCGUUUGAACGUGCCCUCUCUCUGGCUGUAAACGAAGAGGAGGCAGCCGACGUCUGGUACAACUUGGGACAUGUAGCAGUGGGCAUCGGAGACACGAACCUGGCCCAUCAGUGCUUCCGACUGGCUUUGGUCAACAACAACAACCACACUGAGGCCUACAACAACCUGGCAGUGCUAGAGAUGCGGAAGGGCCACAUCGAGCAGGCAAGGGCGCUGCUGCAGACGGCAUCAUCCCUAGCCCCUCACAUGUAUGAGCCACAUUUCAAUUUUGCAACCGUCUCUGAUAAGAUUGGAGAUCUUCAGAGAAGCUAUGAGGCUGCACAGAAGUCUGAAGCAGCAUUUCCAGACCAUGUGGAUACUCAACAUUUAAUUAAACAACUAAGGCAGCAUUUUGCCAUGCUCUGAUGGUUCCUUAGACCAAAUAUGUUCUUAUGAAGGGGCAUUAUACAGGAGGAAAAGGAAUGUGUGUGUAGUGUAAUAUGUAUAUUUCAUAAAUAUGCACUUGAUAUUCAUGAAAGUGAUAUAGAAGGGAGUUUAAACCAGAAUGUACAAUGAAAACUAUAAUAAUAGUAACUUUGUAAAAUAUAGGAUUUAAGCAUUUCUAAGUAGAUUAUAAGACUUCCCCCCCAUUGCAUGGUAAAUGUUUGUUUAUAAUAUUUACAAAACCUUUUAAUGGAGUUCCUCUAUUUUUUACAAAUGUAUGUUCUUAAGUCCUUAAGCUGACUGCUGACAUCAUGUAACCUAAGAGGUCUGAAAUCUGCCUUUAGAACUGUACUUUUAAACUGAGUGUGGUGGUGUGCACCUGUAAUUCCAGCUAACUUGAGAAUCAGAGGCAGGAGGAUCUUGUGAGCCCAGGAGUUUGAGUUCAACCUCAGCAAUAUAGCAAGACUAUGACUCUAAAAAUCCAAACUAAACCAAGCCAAACCAACCAACAAACAAACAAAAAACUGUAAUUUUAUGACUAAAGUAUGUGUGUUUAUUUAUCAUAAGUAGAGACUUUCUUUAGGACUUAAUGUAUUUAAAACUAUUUUUUAUUAAAUACUUUGCCCAUUAAGCUUUAAAAUAAAUCAUUGUUUAAAAUACCAUCA